GAGGCCUUUUCCCCGGUGACUCCCAUGAGUACGAGGUGUUUCGUUUCGCCCUGGCACAAAACCAGGACAUCCCCAAGCUGGUGCCACAGGUGGACAUGGUGGACACGAGCAGCAGUUUCGCCAUGACCUACGCCUUCUGCUCACAGUUCUCUAAGGGAGUGUACGCCAUCAUGGGUCUGUACGACCGGCGGACGGUCAACAUGCUGAUGUCCUUCUGCGGGUCUCUGCACGUCUGCUUCGUCACGCCGUCCUUCCCCGUGCAGACCAACAACCAGUUCGUCCUGCAGCUGCGGCCCCAGCUGCAGGAGCCCCUCAUGGCCCUGCUCGAGCACUUCUACUGGACCAGGUUCGUCUACAUGUACAGCUCUGAAUCAGGUUUGGCAGUGUUGCAGAGGAUCCUGGACACGGCGGCAGAACGAAGUUGGCAGGUCACCUCGGUUAACCUGGACAGUCUCACAGAGCCGGCCUUCAUCAAGCUGCUGGCUGACCUCGACUACAAGAAGGACUUCCAGAUCAUCAUCGACUGCGAGCUGAAACGCCUCAACUACAUCCUCAACCUGAUUGCUGCUCAGAAGAGGAACUUGAAGAACUACCACUACAUCCUUGCCAAUCUGGGCUUCUUGGACCUGAACGUCACAGAAUUUCAGAAGCUCGGACCGAACGUGACCGGCUUCCAACUGGUGAAUCGGUCGGAUCCCGCUGUGCAGAAGAUCAAUCAGAACUGGCUGGACUUCGACAACAAAGACCUCAAAGUGGCUCGCAGGAGGCUCAAGUACACAGGAGCUCUGACCUAUGAUGGUGUCAGCGUCAUGGCAACGGCAUUCCAGAAUCUGCGGAGGCAACGGAUCGACAUCUCUCGCCGGGGCAACGCAGGGGAGUGCCUGGCCAACCCGCCCGCUCCGUGGGGACAGGGCAUCGAUAUCCAGAGAGCCCUGCAGCAGGUUCGUCUGGAGGGGCUGACGGGUCACGUCCAGUUCGAUGAGCGCGGACAUCGAACCAACUACACUUUGACUGUGAUGGAGCUCAGCCACAUUGGACCCAGGAAGAUCGGCUUCUGGAAUGAGAAGAGAGGCUAUGUGAACACUGCCAUCUACAGGCCGAUGCAGGAGGAGUUUUACAAUGUGCAGAACAAAACCUACAUCGUCACUACCAUCCUGGAAGCUCCCUACAUGAUGCUAAAGAAGAACCACGAGCAGUUUUGGGGAAACGAUAAAUAUGAAGGUUACUGUGCCGAGCUCGCCGCAGAGAUCGCCAAACACGUCGGGUUCACGUACCGCCUUGAGCUAGUAGGUGACGGCAAGUACGGUGCCAGAGACGCUGAAACAAAGAUGUGGAAUGGCAUGGUGGGAGAGCUGGUGUAUGGGAAGGCGGACAUGGCAGUGGCCCCGCUGACCAUCACUCUGGUGCGAGAGCAGGUGAUCGACUUCACAAAACCCUUCAUGUCUCUGGGAAUCUCCAUCAUGAUCAAGAAACCUACCAAGUCCAAACCAGGCGUCUUCUCUUUCCUCGACCCGCUGGCCUACGAGAUCUGGAUGUGCAUCGUCUUUGCCUACAUCGGGGUCAGCGUGGUGCUCUUCCUG